AUGCAACGAAGGAAGAGUUCUAAGAAUUCAAAGCAGCCUCUGCAAGUUCACCAGAAUAAUCAAACUGAUCUCUCUGCAUGGCAAAAAAGAGGGAGAACUGACCCUGAAAAAAGUCUCCAGAAUCAUCAAUCUCAUAACAGUCAGGUGAAUGAAAGCAAGCAAGACUCUCUUGAGCAAGCUGUUAGCUACUUUGAGAAAGUUAAAGAUCGGGUUUCACUGAAAAAGAGUGAAGUUCUGCAGAAACACUUGGCUACGGUGGAAAGCAUUGCCCUGCAAAAAGGAUUACCCCCUGAAGUAUUUGAUGUAUUGCUGAAUGCAGCACUCAGUGGCAAACUUGCUGAUGUAGUGAAUACUCGAUUACUGAAGAGCCUAAUUCCAGCCUCAGUAAUACCAGAAACUUCUGUUGUUUCAUCUGUAUCUUGGCUCUGUGUCAGCAAAUGCUCAGGCAGCAUCCAGCUGCUUUUCAUAAGAUGGCUGAUCACAGUGUUUGACUUCAUUGAUCACAAGGAACAACUUCAUGCCCUCUAUGGUUUCUUCUUUUCCUUCCUGCAAGAUGAGAAGAUGUGCCCCUAUAUCUGUCACCUGCUCUACCUGCUGACCAGGAAAGAAAGUGUCAAGCCUUUUCGUAUUAGGAGACUGCUAGACCUCCAAGCAAAAAUGGGAAUGCAGCCUCAUCUACAGGCUCUAUUAUCACUUUACAAGCUCUUCUGUCCUGAACUGGUCUCCAUAACCCUUCCUGGGAAGAUGAAGACUUACUUCAAGAAUUCAGAGGGCCCGUGGAAAGCAGCGAUCAACACUAUAAGGCGAAGAAACCAGGAAAAUUCUCCAGUCACCCAGUCACUGUUUCUAGGCACAGCUCAACACCAGUCCCGGAAGAGAAAAUGGAAUACCCAGUUGAUUAUACCUGCAAGCAGUGCCAACACAAAUCAUUUAGCAGGGGGCAAAGAAAAGAACCUUGUUGACUUAUGCAGUAUCAGUGAGUUUUUUCCAGUGGAGCAGCUGCAGACCUUUUCCCAGCUCCUGCAAAACAUCCACCAUCUAGAGUUCCCUUCCCAGAUGGGUUCAGUGCUAACAAACCCCUUGUUGCUUCACUACAUGAAUUGCAUCAAAGAUGAAUCUAUUUACCUGAGACUCUACUAUUGGAUGGGCCAGACUCUUCAGGAAGAAUGCACUUGGUGUGUGGUUGAUAGUAACCAAUAUGAAGAAGAAUUCAAGGAGUUCUUGGAAACUGUCUACAAGACAGAGUGUUUCUUGCAGGAGGGAUUUUCUUCCUGUGAAGAGUUCCUGUAUAAGAGCCUUCCUCUCUGGGAUGGCUUCUGCUGCCGAUCACAAAUCCUCAGACUCAUGUCUUGGAUUCCCCUCAGCAGCUUCUCUGAAAUGAAGUCACAUCUCUAUGAUCCCCUGGCACAGCUCUUUUUCACAUCAUCCCUUUAUUUUAAGUGCAGUGUUCUUGAGAGCCUGAAAGAGCUGUUGCAGAACUGGUUAAAUUGGCAUGUGAUUCAGGUGGAUUCAGAGUCUGAUUCUCAAGGCUACUCUUUGAAUAACACACUUUCUGGACUGGUGAAUGUAGUGGCUGAACUGAUUCACUUUGUUGGACGGAUCUCGACUGUUGCACUGCGUUUGGAAAGCAAUGCUACUUUCUUGCUGUACUUCAUUCUGGAUUUCUAUGAGACUGUGUGUGACAUUUAUCUGAGAUACAAUCUGCCUUUGUUGAUAAUGCCUCCUGCUGGAGUUUUCUAUCCAGCGCUGCUCAGCAUGGAUUCUGUCAGCUUGAAUCAGCUCUGCUACAUCAUGUACAGGUAUAGAACCAACUUGGUAGCUGCAAAAGAAAAUGAGAUGAUUAAAAAGAAAAUACUGCAAUUCAAGUUCAGUAGUCAGACCUACCAAGAGUACAACCAAUAUAUAAUAGCCAUGGUGGGGUGUCUGUGGACAUCCAGUGCAUUCCAGAAAGACAUUCAUCCUCAAGGUGUUCGUCUGGAUGAUGAAGUGCUGAAGAAAACCAGAGUGCAGGAAUUCAAAACCAGCUUUAACAUUGUCUACCACCCAGCCAUGAUGGGUUAUGCUCUCCUGUUCCUGCAGCAGGCCUGGCCAGAUGAUAAUACCUUCAACUUCAGUUUAAUUAAGGGAAGAAAGUGGAACUGGUACUUGGAAUAUCUCUAUGCACAAGGUUUAAAAGGCCUGAAACUCUUUAUUGAAAGCAGUAUCAAUCGUGUUUCUCAGGCCUCUCAAAAUAAAGAAGGGAAUGUGCAAGUGUGA